CACCUCUUUAAACCACCGGGGAUAUUGAGAAGACAUUGGAUAUGGCGGCUGUGAAGACGUUCGACCUUCUCGUUGGAGUUGUUUUAGUUUUGCAGUGCCUGGGAAAUGCUGGAGGCGAGCUCACAGCCAGUAACGGGGUUUCCUACUCACACGUGCAGGGGCAGACAGGAGACGAGGAUGUGGCGGUGGACUUGAAGCUGUACAGUCACCGGUGGAGGAGAUGGCUUCCCCCGAAACCUCGUAACAUGGACAGUAACCGGGCCAGUCAGGAGCAGGACCAGGACCCGGAGCAGGAGGAGCCCGAGGCCUUCCCGGGUCUGCUGUCUGCAGAGGAAACAGACAACAGCUCCCAGAUAGAGAGAGUUAAUCUGUCCUUCGAUUUCCCUUUUUAUGGACAUUUCCUGCGUGAAAUCACCGUGGCAACUGGUGGGUUCAUCUAUACUGGUGACGUGGUCCACCGGAUGCUAACAGCUACACAGUACAUCGCUCCACUGAUGGCAAACUUUGACCCCAGUGUCUCCAGAAACUCUACUGUCAUCUACUUUGACAAUGGUACUGCUCUGGUGGUGCAGUGGGACCACGUUCACCUACAGGACAACUACAACCUGGGCAGCUUUACUUUUCAGGCCACGCUGCACAACACAGGCAGGAUUGUCUUUGCAUACAAAGAGAUCCCUAUUGAGGUGGCACAGAUCAGCUCUGUCAAUCACCCGGUAAAGGUGGGCCUGUCUGAUGCCUUCGUGGUGGUCCACAAGAUCCAGCAGAUACCAAACGUGAGGCGGAGGACAAUCUACGAGUACCACCGUGUGGAACUGACAAAGACCAGGAUCACUAACUCUACAGCGGUGGAAAUGUUUCCUUUACCCACGUGUCUCCAGUUCAACACCUGUAGCUCGUGCAUCUCCUCACAGAUCAACUUCAACUGCAGCUGGUGUCAUCGGCUCAACAGAUGUUCCAGUGGCUUUGACCGCCAUCGGCAGGACUGGGUGGACAACAGCUGUCCAGACGAGACUAAAGACAAGAUGUGUGACAUGGUCGACACCACGUACCUCUACCCUUUCACCACCACCAUUGUCGCCAAAACAACAUCCAAGAGCAGAGAGGUCACGGCAGGCAGGCAGACGCCCACCACCUCCCCUCCGCCAACCAGCGUCCCCACUGAAGAUGAUACCAAGAUCGCUCUGCAUCUCAGAGACAACCCCGUAAUGCCAGCAGAUAGCGCCGUCGACAGGACCCCCGGCACACACCCUCUGCACACCGGCCUCAUCCUCGGCAUCCUCCUGGUGAUGCUCGUCAUGGUCGCCGGCGUUUUGGUCACCGUCUACAUCUACCACCACCCCACCUCUGCCGCCAGCCUCUUCCUCAUCGAGAGACGCCCGAGCAGGUGGCCCGCCAUGAAGUUCCGCCGUGGUUCAGGUCAUCCAGCCUACGCCGAGGUGGAGCCGGUGGGCCAGGAGAAGGAGGGCUUCAUCGAGUCCGAGCAGUGCUGA